GACAACUUUCACGUCCAACGGGAGUCGGGACCAGGAAAUAUUUCUUGUUUUGUUUUUUGUACUGCUGUGUUACGGUUUCUAUCCAAUCUCUCCCCAAUGAAAUUUCCACAGUCCACUUAGAUUUUUAUCUUCCUAAUUUUCAAGACAGUUUUUCAAACAUGACGAAAUUGUGUCGCACAAUAUGCCAAGUGACGGUAUUUCUGUAUUUCUGCGUUUUUGCGAGUGCAACAGACACCACGAGAACAUCUGAUCUGUAUGCUUAUUUCUCUCAACAUGGAAUCAAGGGUUCUGUUAAAAUUAUGCACAAUGUCAAGGAAACGGAUCCUGAGAAUCUAAAUAACACAAAAGGAACUUUUAUCUUUGAGAUGGAUAGUCACAUGGAUGUGGAACCAGCUUCCUAUUCCUGGUCAUUGUAUGAUCUCCCAGUAGAAUAUACUCAGCCAGUUGCUUGUGACAAGGGAUAUCUCGGAGAGAAAAUUUUAGAUCUUACACCCUUGUUUGGUCAGGUCACCUUGCCUAAUCUCAAUUUUACUGUAGACUUCAAUCUGAGUCUUAUUAAUGUGACUGGACCCACUUCACUUUGGGGGAGAACUCUCAUUUUUGAAGGCCCCAACACUUUAUGCGCCACCAUUAUGCCUGAAGAUGGUCUCAAGGUUGCUGCUGCACGAUUAUCUUCACCAAUUGCCGGAUCAGUGACUGUAAUAUCCUGGUCAGUUGGAGACGAAGUUGACACUCGUGUACUAACGGAUCUUUAUCAUGUUUCUGGUGAUGGCACGGCUUCAAAUCACGUUUGGAAGUUAUUAGUUACAGACGUGCUGGACACUAAACAAGAUCGAGAUCGAGGGGAUUGUAACGCACUUCAAUUCCUGUAUGACCCUGAUUCUCGUUCUGGAGUGAAUUGUUCACCUCAAGCGCCUCAAAACUGCAAACAGGGCGAUUUGUCGGGUCGUUUGGGACUAGUUCGCUCAGCUUCGAAACCGGGAGGAGGUUUUGGAGGUGGAUCUCGUCGCGCGUUUCGCGAUCCUCUUUUAGUUCUUCCUGAUUUAAAGGGUCCUCGUUCUUUGUACAUGGUUCUCUUUGAUAAGGAUUUACCCGAUGUUGUUUUAGCCUGUGGAAGAUUUCGUGAACUUCGUCCGAGGAAAGCGCGAGCUUUCUUCGCUCAGAAAGGAGUGCGCGGUGAAAUUGUAUUAGAGCAAAGGACUCCUAUCGACCCUACACAUGUUCUCGUUAACGUAACAGGGUUAAACUCUUUAGCCGGAGGUUUUCAUAUCCACGAAUACCCGGUUCCCAUUCCAAGGGUACCAGGGGAAAAAAUUUGCAGCGCCACUGCCAAUCAUUAUAACCCUUGGGGUUGGGUUCCUGCCGAUAGCCCGCCACCCGGCCGUGGUACUGGUGAAAUGUACGAACUUGGUGAUCUCAGCGGGAAAUUUGGAAUGCUAACUGGGCUCACGACUCUUGAGAACGACGUGACAGACACCACGUUACCACUUUUCGGACCGUACAGUGUACAAGGUCGUGGAUUAGUGAUUCAUCUGGCCUCAGAUGGCUCUCGCUGGGUGUGCACAAAUGUAGAACCUUUCGGCGUGAAAAUGACUACUGCUGUAGCAAUCUUCCGGUACCCGUUAGGCGGUCGCAUAUUUUUGCGCCAAGCGUCAGAGGAUCCACUAUCUGAGACAAUGGUCUACAUUGAAUCUCUCAUCUACAGCGAUGGAAACGUUAACGGCACUAACAAUCAUCAGUUAGAAAUUCACACAAAUUUACCUGGAGUUGAUUUCCAUGACUGGCAAUUAAGGUGUCAGUCAACUGGAUCCAUUUACAAUCCAUUCAAAAUAAACGAAAAGAACGCAAGGGAUUGCAAUACCGACACCCAACGACGUUGCAUCGUAGGAGAUCUGACCAUGAAACACGGUCGCUUGGUUGUUGCAGGAUUAGCUAGCGAAGUCAAAACAACACAGCGACUCUUCACUGAUGUAAACCUGCCUUUAUCUGGUCCACAAUCCAUCAUUGGCCGAUCCGUAGUUAUUUUUGACGACAAUUCUCCUAAACAAAGAGGCAAUCGUCUCGCUUGCACACCAAUUAUGUACUACCAUCGACACAAAACGGUGGUUAAGGACUGGUUUGGAAAUGGUCUUACUACUCCUGUCGAGGGUAAGGUUGAAAUUAUCCAGGAAACAGAGUUCAGCAGUUCUUCUAUCCAAAUGGAUUUGACUGGAUUGCGCGGAGAAGCGGGAAGAUAUGGCAUAUACUCGGCUCCUGUAAAAGUCGAUUUACAAUUUCCUUGCACCGAAUCCUCAUUGGGCAUGCCCCACAAUCCAUUGAAUGUUAGUUUAGUGUCCGAUGUUCAAGCCGGAACCUCGGAUCAAUACCCUGUUGGGGACUUGAGCUCAAAAUUUGGCCAAUUAGCUGGAUUUAGUGUGAUUCACUCCGUUUUCAAUGACACCAAUAUGCCACUUUAUGGUGCAACAUCGAUCAUUGGCCGUAGUUUCGUCUUGAAUCGUGCUCGGGAUAACGAAAGAUGGGCAUGUGGCACAAUGGGAUGGGGUUUUUCUCCGUCAGAAGCUACUGAAAUUCGAGCCAUUGCUUCCUUUCAUCACCCAGGAGGUUUUUUAACUGGUUACGUCCGCAUGAGUCAAGUGGUUUAUCACGAUGGGUCUGCUACUGACACGGUUAUCGAAGUCUUUUUGAGACAUCCUGGUCGACAAAAUACUCGUAAUCUGUUAACAGUUACCCGUAAUCAUCGAUGGGCUGUUUAUGUUAAUCCUGUUGGCGUGGAUGCAGCCGUGGCUCCGUAUAAUGCUCGAUGCGUAGCUUCUGGAUACAUGUGGAAUCCGUCUUUCGUCCAGCUAACUGCCCCAGUAGUCGCUGAUCAAAGAAAUGAAGAUGUAUACCGACAAGAGUGCCAACCCCACGUACCUUACCGAUGCAUGAUUGGUGAUCUUUCUGGCCGACUGGGUCCUAUCGAUAUAGGUGCAGGCAGAACCGUAUUCUCGGACAAAAAUCUCCCACUACACGGAAAAUAUUCGGUUCUUGGUCGUUCUUUGAUCGUUUUUACUCCGGAUGGAGGUGGAGAGAGAUUUGCAUGCGCCAAUAUUGAACCUGAUGGUGAUAUCUUCAAAUUUAUCGUGAUUCGCAAGCCCCGUAAAUUUGUCGCUUCUGAAUUUGUUGAAGAUGUUCGUCGAGUACUCGGCGUUCCCGAAUGGAUGUUAUUGGUUGACACUCGCCACACUCGUAACAUUCAGAACGAUCGCUGUGUCCAAUUCAAAGUCCAUUUCUAUGGUCCAGUCGCAACGCGCAUCGAACAAGAUUUAAGUCAAUUACUUUCCAGAGGGCAGCUCGACUCCCCCACCAUCCAAGUGCAUGGAUCCCACGUCGAUCCCAAGCGAUCAAAGACCAUUCCCUAUCACGUUUGUGACGAGAGUGAUAAUGCCCAAAGGCAGCCUUCGAGUGACACUUCGGUCGCUUCAUCGAUUUCUUUUGCAGCAGUGCUGCUCGCCCUGACGAUUCCGCUCACCGUAUUUACGUAAACCAUCCGUCCUUAUUCCAUUGUUGGUCGAAUCUCUUAGGUUGUGAUUCAUAUCGGUAGCUUUUUCAUUCUAACAUUUAUGGAUCAAAUUUUUUUAGACAACUGUGAUGACUAUAUAACACUAUUUUGUAUUUCUCAAUGUAGUAAAAAGUAAUAUGCAGAAAAUUUAAAA